AUGGAGCGUGGCACCCAAAUCGACCGCAAGAUUGUCAUCCUCGGCCAGCAAGGUGUUGGUAAAUCCUCGCUUGUCCUAAGAUAUGUCAAUCAGACCUUCCAGGAGAAUGGCGCCAGUACGAUUGGGGCUAGCUUUCUAGCAAAGAAGGUACAAGUGGAUGAAACAACUGUACGAUUGCAGAUAUGGGACACAGCGGGCCAGGAACGCUUUAGAAGCAUGGCCCCCAUGUAUUACCGCGGCUCGCACGCAGCCAUCUUAUGCUACGACCUCACGUCUCGUGAUUCCUUUGAGACGAUGCACUCAUGGCUUGCAGAACUACGCAAGAAUAUGCCAGAUGAUAUUCUCAUCCAUCUCGUUGGCACAAAGACGGAUCGCGUACGUCAAGAUCCGUCACUACGUCAAGUGACAUUUGGGACAAGUGUAGCGUAUGCCGUGCAACACCUCGGCCUCGCUUCACAAGAAGAAGGAUUCGCCAUCUGUCAUGAAGUCUCGGCAAAAGAUGAGGGACCUGGGAAUGGUGUUGAAGCGCUCUUCCUGGCCAUUGUCAAGAGACUUGUAGAGACGGCCGCUAGGACGGACUCCGAGCGUGCCAUGCGGUCGCGUGGCAAUAUGGUGGGUAUGGGCAGUGGUGUGCAUAUCGCGGAUAAGUCGGCACGCAAGAAAUCAAAUUGCUGCUGA